CAGUUUUUGUUUGGAAUGUCGUCUUCGGCAAAGUUCUUAGCAUGAAGCGAAGAAUAUGUACAUAGACUUUCUUUGGCACGAAGUAUAGCCAAAAAACGUCUACGCGCUAUAUUGAUUGUUUUAUUAUAUGUACUGCCGAAGCAAAUGCCUAUUUUGAAUGUUGUUCAUUGUUAAGGUGUAACGAUGCGUAUAAAUAGCCUCAUUAGUCUCUGUGUGCUUGGUACUCUCAUUAGUCUCUUAUGAAGUUAAAAUAAAUCGGAUAUUAAAGGAAGUUAGAAUUUCGAAUCGAAACAGGUAUUUAUAUAUAUCCAAAAGAAGAUUAUACUCAUGUAUACAUGUAGCAGUUUUGGACUCGAUAGUAGUUUAAACAUAAAUAUAUAUCUUCACGCAGUAAAGAAAAUAAUGCGGUGCUUAAACAGCAACACACGCAUUUUCACACAGGAGGUAAACAUCUUGUUUGUAUGAAAAUUAACAGGUAAUUUAUAAAGUGGAGUUUCACUAACAAAAUAUCAAUCUUCUUUGUAUUAGGUCAUUCAGUAGAAUGGGGGGAAAGAAAUCUUAUACAUGUGACGUAUGUGACAAGUCGUUUAAACGAAACACUGAUUUAAAGUACCAUAUGUUUAUCCACACAGGAGAAAAACCUCAUGAGUGUGAGGACUGUAACAAGUCGUUUGCAAAAAAGAGUGAAUUAAAGGUACAUAUUCGUAUUCACACAGGAGAAAAACCUCAUACGUGUGAAGUGUGUAACAAAUCAUUUUGUCAAAAGCGCCAGUUAAAUAAGCAUAUGUUUACACAUGCAGAAGAAAGACUCCAUGUGUGUAAGGUAUGUAACAAGUCAUUUAAACGAAGUACAGAUUUAAAGCAACAUUCUUUUAUUCACUCAGGAGUAAAACCUCAUACAUGUGAAGUGUGUAAUAAAUCAUUUUGUCAAAAGCGUCAGUUAAAUGAGCAUAUGCUUACACACAGAGAAGAAAGACCUCAUGUAUGUGAGGUAUGUAGCAAAUCAUUUAAACGAAGUGGAGAUUUAAAGAAACAUUCUCUUAUUCACAAAGGAGAAAAACCUCAUACAUGUGAAGUUUGUAAUAAAUCAUUUACUGAUAGGUCUGGUUUAAGAAUGCAUAUGCUUUUACAUACAGAAGAGAAAAAUUAUGUGUGUGAGGUAUGUAGCAAGUCAUUUUUACGAAAAGCAGAUAUAAAUAACCACAUGUUCACUCACACAGAAGAAAAACCUUAUAAGUGUGAGCUGUGUAGCAAGUCAUUUGCAAUAAAGCAUCGUUUAAAGGAACAUUAUCUUACUCACACAGGAGAAAAACCUCAUACUUGUAAUGUAUGUAAAGUAUCGUUCAGUCAAAAGGGUACUUUAAAUUCACAUAUGCGUAUUCACACAGAAAAACGUCAUAUGUGUGAGGUAUGUGACGUGUCAUUCAGAAGAAAAUCUGAUUUAAAGCGUCACAUGUGUAAUCGCCCAGAAGAGACAUCAAAUGAACUUUUUAUGUGUGAUGUGUGUAGUAAAUCAUUUGCAAAUGAAAGUCUUUUAAUUGAGCAUGUCAUUGUUCACACAGAAGACAAUCCUUAUGUUUGUAAAGUAUGUCAACGAUCAUUCAGUCAAGAGAGUUACUUAAACAUACAUAGGGAUAAUGCACACACAGUUCAUGUGUGUGAAGUAUGUUUUGAGUCAUUUAGACGAAAAACUGAUUUAAAACUGCAUAUGUUUUCUCAUACAGGAGAGAAGCCGUAUGUAUGUGAGGUAUGUAACAAGGAAUUUACCAAGAAAGGUCAUUUAAAACAGCAUGCUUUGGUUCACAAUGCAGAAAAACCUCAUGUGUGUAAUGUAUGUGAACGAGGGUUCAAUCGUAAGGCUCAUUUAGAUAAGCAUGUUCUUACUCACACUGAGAAACCUGGUGCAAGUGAUUCAGAUUGGUGUGAGGAGUUAUUAAGAAUGUUAUAAGCCAUUUUCCCAGUAAAAUAGCUUCAUGUGUGGAAGAUAUGUAAUAUGUCAUUUUGUCAAAAAGUAACUACAAUCAGCAUAUGCUUCUUCAAAUUGAACAGAAACCUUAUUUAUGUGAGUUAUACACAGGACCAGCACCAGAGGUGGUACAACUGGUGUAGAUAUACAAGUGGCAGAAGUUAUUGAAUUUAGAGAGGUACUGAGUGAAAAACUCUGAGAAUUGCAGAUAUUGCACUGAGUGCCAAAAUACCUAGUUCUGGGUCCUGCGUAUGCAGGAAAUCAUUUAAACAAGAUAGUUAAGUGUGUCUGUGCUUUAUUGUACUGAAAUGAAAUCUCAUCUGUUUGAGGUAUGUAAUGAGUUAUUUAAAGAAAACGGUGCUUUAACCCUUUUCGGUGCAGUGUGUUCAGUGUGAACACAACAAAAAUAUUCCCUCUUUAGACACUGAAAAUAAUCGAUAAAUAUCACGAAAACUACACUAAUGGUUACUUUUAAUCUCUUUUAUGAAUAAUAGAUGGCAGCAAAAUGCAAGCAAAUCAUUAAUUUUGAGAUAUAUUCUGUUUUUAAAGACACUGACUUUUCAAAGAAAUGUUUCAGAUUUUUUUUAAUAUAAAGAAUAUCAAUGAAAAAAAUCUUUAUAUAAUUUUGUUGAUCAUAUGCUAAUCUGCCUAUUCUGUAUUACUUUUAAGUUUUAUCUUUGAAAUAUUGCAUAUAGUGAAGCCUUCAAUGUAUGGUGUGUUCGGACUGAACGCACUGUACUGGUAGUGCCUGUCACAUGGGAGUGAGUCACAGAAUCUGGUCUCGUGCUUCAAACACGGGGGAGGCUGAAAGCGCAGAUUUAUUUAUAUUUGUUUUUAUUCUUUUCUGUUUUUGUUUUUGAAGAUUCCCAGUGUUUUGUUUUCACUUAGCUAUUUGAUUUUCAGCGAAAGCAGGCACUUUGUUUUCUCUUGCUUUCAUUGUGCGUACUUUGCUUAGUUUUGACUUCUGUAGAUUUUUAUCUGUAUAUAUUUAAUAAUUAUUUUUUCUACACAAUAAUUAAUUGUAAAUGCUAUAAUAAUUUAAUUAUUUUUCUUAUAAAUUUUUAAAUUGUGUAAAUGGCUGAGAGGCCUCAGCAUUGCCGAAGCAAUGAGAGUUUCCUUUUUUUCCCGUUUUUUUUUGGGGGGGGGAGUAGAGUAGCAGGCCACCCAUGGUGCACCCUGGGUUAUGCUAAAUCUGCUACAGAGAUCAGAUUCUACUGUUUUUAAGUCAUAGACCAAGUAUUUUACUGUAAUAUGUGCUUCGUAGCAAUGGUCACCUAUCGUAGCUCAUGUGCCUCUGUUCGCUUCAGACACACCCACAAAAUGAUAACAGUUUGUGAAAUCUUUGUAAAAUUAUACCUGCAUACUCUCCUAGGCCUAAAUAGACUGCCUACAAAUAUUUUUGGAAAAAUUCCAAUUUUAAAGAGUAGCGUGCUCGAAAGGGUUAAUCAAGCACUUGUGUAUUCACACAACAGAAAACCCUUAUGAUUGUAAAGUCUGAAUAUAAAUGUAUACUUAUGUACAUGAAUAUAUGCUCAUUUGGUACAAAACAGAAUCUUUUCCAUCUGUGACCUGUGUAGAAUCUCAUCUGAGUAAGUUUUGCAAUUAGUCAUAAUAUUUUAAGUGCAUACUGCAUAUUUUUCUCUCUAUACAGCAUUUAUUUGUGAUGACUAGGUGAGAUAGUAACUUGGAAUUCUAGCCUAUAUAAUAACUGUUUUCCCUUCCUGCAUUCUGUAAUGUUGCACUUUGAAUGGCCAGUAAUGUAUUAUGAUUACUGUUGUUAUUAAUUGCUUUGUGAACUGGUAUUCUGCUAUAAAUAGCAAAACAAAGCAUUUUAUAAGAAAUGCAAAACUUUAUGUCCAAAAAAUGAAAAAAAAAAAAAAAAAAAACAUCUGGCUGGUCAAUAUUUACAUUUUUAGUCAUUACAUGCUGUUCAGUAAUGAUACUUAUUAAAGCUUUUAAAUUUAUGUGUGCAGCCUGUGCUUAUAUGGGUGAGCUAUUGCUGUGUGCUUGCUAAGAAAUAUGUCAAGAACAUAACACUUCUAGCUGGUAACCGAAAAGAACCAAAUAUAGUUUUCAUGCAUAUGGAUAUGAAAUAUUAUUAAACUAAGACUAAAUGUGCUAUAUGAAAUAGAGCAAUUGUAAAACAUGAAAUAAAUAAUCAUAUUAUAUUUUUCAUUUUUUAUAAUACACAGAAUGAAAGGGUGACUAUACUGUAUAUGUAAAGGCAGAACAGUUGCAUUAUAUAUUAUAUAUGUGAAGAAAGUUAUAGCUCAAAAUGGAGCUUUUUAAGAAGAGUGUUGAGUUUUGGACCAUUUAGCGUAACUUAUUAAUAGCAUUUUCUGAACAGCUGACAAUUUCAAAUACAAAUUAAUUACAAGUAUAAAUGCUUAAAAUAAAAAAAUAAAAAAAAGAAACAAUUACCCAGGUCGGGAUAUUACUGUAUAAUGAUUAGAAUGACACUUUUUUCUAAAAUCUACAUAUAUAUUUUUUUCAUUCAGUACUUUAAACAGAAAAAAAAAAAAAAAAAAAAAAGUUUGCUGCAUUUUCAACUCCUGAUUUCUCAGUCUAUUAUGUACAAUUCCAAAUGUUCUUUUGGUUCUUCCUGUAAAUUUUAAUUAUAUCCAGUUCAUUGCACUAUAUAUUCUUUCACUAGAGUUAUUGAUUCCAUCACUCAGGUGACUUUUUACUGUCUCAUAUGCCUCAAUUUGGAAAAGAGCAAGAAGAUCGACUGCUUAAUAUCGUACUUGCAGUUUUGUUAACUAAAAUAUUACUGCAUGUCUGUGUGUAUUGUUUUUAUGUACAAGGCCAGUGCAUUCCCACUGCAGGCAAAACUUUUAGGAGAUAGGAAAAACCUGGAUGGUAGAAAUUUAGAAGUCGCAGUGUAGUAGUGAAAAUCCGAGUACCAAGCCUGUGCAUAUAUCAUCUAAUAAUUUAUUACCUAAAUCCCUUUUAGAUAGAGGCAUACACUGAGGACACAUUUCCAUUAAUUUUAUAAAAUAAGUUUCCCACACUACGAACUGAUGCAUUUUCAGCAAAAAACCUUUACCUACUUAAUCAGUAUUAUAUUUUUUAGAAGAGUGUUUUUAAGCACGUUUACUUAGAUCAUCCGUUUGUGCUUGGUGCUUAAAUAAACACCAAUGUGACACUUUUUUUGCAUGAAUUAAAAUGAGCUUGUGUGUUUUGAAUUAAUGCACUCAUCAUCCCAUUUGUGCUUGGUGCUUAGACAUGGAAGUGACAAACCUUUUUACACUUUGUAAAAUGAGCUUGUUUUUAAAAUAUUUUAAACAGUUUUUAUGUGUUUUGAAAGCUCCUAUUUUUUAUAUUCCAUAAUUAAAAUUAUUUUGAAAACAUCACAGAUUGUCAUAUUUGAUUUUUAGACAUUUCCCAUCAUUUCAAAAAGUGAGAUAAUACAGUACAAAGUCUUUAAUCCGGACUCUUUGGGACUUUGGCGAUUCCUAAUUAUAGAUCAUGAAUUUAAAUCUGGUAAGAUGGCAUGCAGAAAUUAUACAAUUAAA